AUGUCACCCCACAACUCCGAUCUCCCGCCAAGCUAUGAUGCGUCACAGGCCGGCCAGGAUCCACCCCCAUACCACAACUGGCAAGAAGCCGUGCCUGACACCACGAGCUUCCCGCCGCCCCCAAUCACCGGCUAUCUAGUCUCAGGCACCGGCAACGCCUCCGAGGACGACGCCCAGCGCGCCCACGACUUCUGCAACACCAUCCCACUCUGGCUCCCCACCAAGCCUUCAUCGGCCGUCUACGCCACCGUGCAAAGCCACGAUCUGCGCCCCGUGCACCCACGCGAGCUGCAUGGCGACGUAUCCGCCGUUGCGCGAGGUCGCUGGCGGGGACGCAGCCGGAACGGGAACGGGGACUGUGUCAUUCUGACGCAACUUCCGCUCUACUUUGCCGUCGAGGAUGCCGGCGCCGGCAAGACGAUCUACUUUGAGGUCAAGCUGACCGGGUUACGGGGUGGGCCGCGCGGGGAUGCCUCCGGCUUUUCGCUGGGAUUCGUUGCGCAGCCCUACCCUAGUUGGAGAUCACCGGGGUGGGAGCGGGGUGGACUAGGUGUGUUCUCGGAUGAUGGGUGCCGGUUCGUCAAUGACUCCUAUGGGGGCCGGGACUUCACCAGUGAGAUUAGGGUUGGGGAGACGGUGGGCAUCGGGAUGGCCUUUACGUGGAAGGAGAAGAAAAGCCAGGUGAAUGUCUUCUUCACGCGGAAUGGACGGCAUGCUGGGGGCUGGGAUCUGCAUGAAGAAGUCGAUGCCGAAUCUGGGGGAGUUGAGGGAUUGGAAGGGAACUAUGACCUCUAUGGGGCGAUUGGGCUGUUCGGUGGCGUUGACUUUGAGUCUUGUUUUGACCCUGCAGGCUGGCUUUGGAGGCCCGAGUAA